AUGAGGAACAUACUGAGGACUUUGACGACUUUUCUAGGGGUAACACGAAGCGUCGCUCAAGACACCACUUCGGCCCCUCGCUUGGUUAUGUACUAUGACCAAUGGCAUCCCAAUGUUCCUAUGACCGCAACAUCCUUUGAAGGCGUCACAAACGUCAUCUUGGCCUUCAUGUUAAGCCAUAAUCUCAACAACCAAACUAUAGACUGGACCACAUUUCAGUAUACAGAGCCAGGACAUAAGUGGCACGCUGACACUCUCAAAGCUAUCAAGGCACUCAAUCCCAAUAUUAAGGUCAGCCUCGCCAUCGGUGGGUGGAACGAUGAUCCUACCACUGGAUGGAGAAAGGCUAUCGAGAGCGACGCCUCUUUGAGCCUUUUUGCCGAAAACAUCAAGCAGAUCGUCACGCAUGAUUUUGGGGGCGGCGCUCACUUUGACGGCGUUGAUAUUGAUUGGGAAUACCCUGGUGGAAACGACGUCUACUAUCUUGCAGGAGGCGCCCCUCCUUCGACCAGUACUGAAACCACAGGCUACAUCAACAUGCUAAAGACUAUAAAGACAACCAUGGGAACCGACAAGGUUCUUUCCAUAGCGACUCCUGGCAAGAAGGGCGACAUGCUCAUCUUCAACGCAGCUAACGGCAAAAACAUAUUCGACAAUGUUGAUUUUGUGAACAUCAUGACCUACGACAUCAUGAACAGGCGAGACAAAACCACAAGCCACCACACCUGUGUACAAGAUACCCUCGACACGGUCCAGGAAUACCUGAAUAUUGGCCUAGAUCCCCAAAAAGCAAACCUAGGUCUAGCCUUGUAUGCUAAAUGGUUCGGUGUCCAGCCCGGGUGUACAUCUACAGGAGGGCUCGGAUGUGCUACUGUAGAACUGGAGGCUUCCAAUGGUGCCGACACCAAUCACUCCGGCUCCAUGACCUUUGAGGCAAAGAACGCGAAAGAUGCACCAUCUUCUCUCUCACCUGCGACGGACGGCCAGUGUGGACCCGAGAAAGGUUUACAAUGUGGCAGUGGCUAUUGCUGCUCCACUGACGGUUGGUGCGGUAACACAGCAGACUACUGUGGCUAUGGCCACUGCAACCCCACCUACAGUGGUUCCGGCAGUCAAUGUGAAGGCCCAGACGUCUGGAAGUCGUGGCGCACCGCAACGACCAAACCAAGCGACGACACCAUCAAAGGCGGCCUCACAUACCUCGACACUGAGCUCAACAUCUUCUGGAGCUGGGACUCGAAAGAUUACGUACAGAAAAAGUUUCAAACUAUCGUCGUCCCGCUCAAACUCGGUGGUGUCAUGGCCUGGAGCUUCGGCGAAGAGAACUGGGAUUCGCCCGACCACCUGAUCGCGAUGAGAGCCGGCCUAUCGACCAUGUCUGGUGGAGUUCCUGCCGAUAUCAAUUCUGGAAACACUGGAAUUCCCAUACUGCCAUUGAAUGCAGUCUCGACAGCCGUCUCCCAGGGCGCCGUUGUGGGCCCGUCAGGGGCACCACCAACAGCUUCCUCUGCUGCACUAUUCCAAAGCCCGGUGCCUGUGCUGUCAGUCGCUAGCCAGAACUCCAUCCCUGUGCCGUUAAUUGCAAGCCAGAACUCCAUCCCUGUGCUGUCAAUCGCAAGCCAGAACUCCAUCCCUGUGUUGUCAAUCGCAAGCCAGAACUCCAUCCCUGCGCCGUCAAUCGCAAGCCAGAACUCCAUCCCUGCGCUGUCAGUCGCAAACCAGAACUCCAUCCUUGCGCCGUCUGGAUCUCCAAUCCAGUUCGCCCCCCUUCCUUCAAGCCCCAGCACUCUAAUCACCAGCGUCGUGACCCCUGUUCCUGAAAUGGGUGUUGGUGCGAUCGCUUCAUCGCUGCCACCGCCACCGCCGGCGGGCAAGAGCUUUGGCGGGUUCGUCAGUCUUCCUAGCACCGGUGUUUCAACGCCGAUGGAACUUCCCUCCGUGGCGCCCGUGGUAACUCCGCGAGUGACUCCUGGGGCGCCACUUGCUGGAGGGGCGACUGAUGUGGGUGGUGCGGCCACCACGGUAACGAUCACGGAGACAUAUGUGCUCCAGGGCUGCUCAGCUUAA